AUGAUCAUUCCAGUUCGUUGUUUCUCAUGCGGCAAGGUCGUCGGUGACCUUUGGGAACGGUAUCUUCAGCUUUUGGAUGAUGGCGUCCCAGAUGGUGACGCUAUGGACCAGCUUGGCUGCAGACGGUACUGUUGCCGGCGAAUGAUCAUGACGCACGUUGAUUUGAUUGAGAAACUUCUCCGUUACAACUCUGCCGAGAAAGACCGCUCUAAGGCUCAAGUAUAA